CCUUCCAUUGAUAUUGCUACCACAGCAUGAGCUCCAUGGCCGACGGCAUGCCCUACUCCCACACAACUUCCUACAUCCCGGCCUACUACCCUACGUCGUCCAUGCCUGGCGACGUUCACUCAAGUGGAAAUGCCCAUCGUCCGGACAUCUCUCAACGAAAGCGCCCAAAGUAUACGCGAAGCAAGCUGGGUUGUUUGACCUGUAGAGUGAAGAAGAUCAAGUGUGAUGAGACGAAACCAAGCUGCAACCGAUGUGUCAGUGGCUCUCGAGAGUGUACAUGGCCUCAGGAGGUCCCACGAAAGAAGAGUACAGCAAAAAAGUCUCGUGCAGGUGGUGAUGGUAGGCCUACGACCGCCAGCUCGUCCGGGGUGUCUGAGGCGUCGACGCCGCCCACCCGUGACAAUACACCGCCAUCCCGACGCGACCGCUACGAAUAUGGACUGCCAUCGCUCCCUCCAUCUAGGCGUCAAAGCGACCCUUUCUUGUACGUGCCACCUCCUGUGUCAGCAUCCCCUGGCUCCGCUCAACGAUCGCAGAGUACGGGCGAUAUCUUUUUGAGUGCACAACAUCAGCAAUACCCCAUGUCUGCCCAGUCUUCGAGUGGGCUCCCUGUCAUUCCUGAGAUGGGCUCCUCUUACCAUACGUUGCCAUCUGGUGAUCAUCGCCUCACCCCCACCUCAUCAUCGCCUUACAUGCCUCCCCUCGGGUUGCCCUCCUCUGUCCCCAGAGGUCCUGCCUAUCGCUCGGAUGACGCGCAUUCGAUCGGCCACUGGCACUCACCGUCCAACACGUCUCACGUCCAUCCUUCUCAAACUUAUUACCCUGGCAUGUCAGAACGACACUUGAUGGAGCACAUCGACGUUGACGAUCGCGAUAUACCCCGCUAUUCCUGAUUCUGUAUACUAUGCUUUCACCUUGCUUUCUUUUCCUGCAAUGACUUUCGCCACCAUUAUACCAUCGAGCACUCCCGCUGGCGUGUUACUGCCUGUGUCGCACGUUCCGUCUCACCGUACCCUAUUAUUAUUGCAGCCCUUCCCUGAUAAUCCCAUUCUAAUCUAUUGAUCCUAUCAUUU